GAUGACGUUCUAUGACAGUCUUCCGUUGCAGAUAGCACUGACACCUACAGAGCAGCUGAGUCAGUCCAUUAUAGACCAGGAGUUAUUUACAUGAUUCUAAAAUAACACACUAAUAGUGCCCUUAUCUUCUAGCAACCUGCCUAAUGGGAAGAGAUGGGGAACCUCAGUGUUGCAAAGUGGCACAUAGAUGUCAAAUAAGGUUUCAGUGGAUGUUAGCAAAGUCUUUUUUUUAAGAGAUUGUCAGAAAAUUUUAUUUAAUGCUGUGUCAUAAAUUAGCCCUGAUCAUAACAGUGUGCUUUUGAAGGUUUAUCAAAUGAAGAAUGCAUUUUGUCAAAGAUAACUGGUUCCUCCUGCUCUAUCAGACACUGAUGUGACAGUAUAUUCAUCACUUGUAUCUUCUUCAUUCAUCAUUUUGACCCAUAAAGGGCCAAAUAGGCCUAUAUUAAAGGCUGGACAUGAAUUAUUUUCUGAUGAACUGCAUACACACAUGCCUUGCAGAGAUUACGUUAUGUGUAACACUGUUCAGAGAGACAUAUUACAAGCACAGCAGCAAAAAAAAAAAAAUAUUAAAAAAAAAAAAAUGUACCCAACACAAGAACACGUGUUCAUCCCACCCCCAUCUCCCAUCUCCACCACCCUCUCCGAGAAGUUCCUCUUAUUUGUCAGGGCUGGAGAUGGAGUUUCAUAGCAGGAGGCGCGCAGUGCGCAGCAACCGAGAACAGUGAGAAAACGAGUGGCAUCAGAUAAAAGAUCUCAGCGCUUGCCAGCCUCCAGGAACAUCAGAGGCGGUGAGUUAAAACUUGGACAAUAUCCUUAGGGCGUCCACCAACUAGCAUCUUAUUAAAUUGGAGUGAUACACCUGGUGAAACAGGAGUGGAUGAAGGUGGAGGAGGGUGCCAACGCACAAUUACUAGAUUGCGCCAAACCAAUCUGAGAUAACAAAUUACUCAGAUCCGUAUUUUUCCACCAUUUACAGCCUCGACUGAGUGAGUAUUCUUUAGUUAUGUGGAUUUGGAGAAGAGAAGGAGAUCUGCAUCGCUCCAUCCCAAGAGAAGCGCACCACGAUUGAGAGACGCACGGAUAAUACUCCUGCGGUAAACCCAGAAAAACGAAUAAACUCGCUCCAGAUUGGGAUUUUCAGUAAUCUUCUCAGAAAUGAGGGAGAGUUGUGUACCUGAAGUGUGAAGAAAGCCGAAAACAUUUUGUCCUGAACAAGCGCGCAUAAACAUUCUGCUAUAUUUCGGGACAACCUCAGGGGUGGAGGAUGUCAGCGUUGCGGAAGAAAUUUGGGGAUGAUUAUCAGGUGGUGACCACCUCAUCCAGCGGCGGCGGGUUCAACCAGGCGGCCCCCGAGAAGAAAAAGAAGCGUCAGCGCUUUGUGGACAAGAACGGCCGCUGUAACGUCCAGCACGGGAACCUGGGAGGAGAAACCAGCCGGUACCUGUCCGACCUGUUUACCACGCUCGUGGACCUCAAAUGGCGGUGGAAUCUGUUCAUUUUCAUCCUUACCUACACGGUUGCGUGGCUCUUCAUGGCCUCGAUGUGGUGGGUCAUUGCCUUUAUACGUGGAGACCUUUACCAGGCCCACGAUGAUAAGUACACACCGUGCGUGGCCAAUGUGCAUAACUUUCCCUCAGCUUUUCUUUUUUUCAUCGAAACCGAGGCCACUAUCGGCUACGGUUACCGGUACAUUACAGACAAGUGUCCGGAGGGCAUUAUUCUGUUCCUCUUCCAGUCCAUCCUAGGGUCUAUAGUGGAUGCUUUUCUCAUCGGCUGCAUGUUCAUCAAGAUGUCCCAGCCGAAGAAACGGGCAGAGACGCUGAUGUUCAGCGAGCACGCGGCUAUUUCCAUGCGUGACGGCAAACUGACCCUCAUGUUCCGCGUGGGUAACCUGCGGAACAGCCAUAUGGUCUCCGCGCAAAUACGCUGCAAACUACUCAAAUCUCGUCAAACUCCUGAAGGUGAGUUUUUGCCUCUGGAUCAACUUGAACUGGACGUUGGUUUCAGCACUGGAGCCGACCAGCUUUUCUUAGUGUCUCCUCUGACGAUAUGCCACGUGAUUGACUCCAAGAGCCCAUUCUAUGACCUCUCACUGAGGUCCAUGCAGACAGAGCAAUUUGAGAUUGUGGUUAUCUUAGAGGGGAUCGUGGAGACCACUGGUAUGACAUGCCAGGCGCGCACCUCGUACACAGAGGAUGAGGUACUGUGGGGUCACCGUUUUUUCCCAGUAAUUUCUCUGGAGGAGGGUUUUUUCAAAGUCGACUAUUCACAGUUCCACGGCACUUUUGAGGUUCCAACACCUCCACACAGCGUUAAAGAACAAGAGGAGAGCUUGCUCCUGUCCUCCCCUCUGACAGCCCCCUCUCUCUGUCACAGUGCAGGGGGGGUGACUGAGGGCAGCGGCACUCUGGAGGGUCUGGAACUCCAGAGCGAUGCAGAAACUGGAUCCAUCAAUAUAUCAACCCCUAUGCCCACCACCAAAAUGCCUGCCAAACUUCAGAAGCUAACGGGGCGGGAUGUCCUCAUCCGGGACGGAAUGCCUCGAAAACUUCUGCGCAUGAGCUCAGAGAUCACGUACAACUUGGGGGACCUACCUGUCAAACUCCAGAGAAUCAGCUCAGCUCCAGGCGUGGCAGAGGAGAGGCUUCAGCCAAUCAGCGGUGUACUUAGCCCCAUGGAGGACAGGCUUACUUCCAAGCUGGGCUUGGUUGGCGGAGUUGAACCCAUCAGCCAAUCAGUGACUGAUCUACCCCCAAAACUGCAAAGGUUGGCUGGAGGGGUUGGAGUAGGUGGAGUUGGAAUCGGAGGAAGAAUGGAUGGCCAUCUGCCUCCCAAACUGAGAAAAAUGAAUUCCGAGAGGUUCACAGGGUUAAGUUUCAAAUGAACAGACUUCUAUAUAUAUAUACAUGUUUUUCCCAUUUAUCUCUUUUGAAAUUACAGUUCAGUGAAAUAGACAAUCUAUACUUAUAGCAAUUUAUAUAUGGAUAAAAUAUUAGACAAAUGCUAAUCCUCUGCACAAUCUGGAAUGUUUGGACUACAAACAGCAUGAAAGAAUUCCUUUUCAAUACCUAAUUACAGGUAAUAGAUAUUAUUACAAUAUUCAUUGAUGAUUCAGUAUAUAAUCUUUUAUAUUAGCCUAUUAGCCAAACUUCUUUUGAGGGCUUGCCUAUAUUAUUAAAUUCUUAAAUAAAGAAUUCUUAAAUAAAGAACAUCGAUAUAAUUAUCAGAGUUCAAUAUCAGUGAUCCCUGAUAAUCCAUGACAGCUAUUGGUUUUAAAAAAAAGCCAAUGACUGUAAGCCUGAGUUAGCCGUUUGGGUUUUUUAUCAGUAGAUUUGUUAUUGUGGUUCACAAUAACAUAUUGAUAGAUUAGUUUCUCUGGUCUUCUGACUUAAAGAAAUGGCCAUUUAUUGAAAUAUAACGAAUUUAUGGAUGAACUGACUCAGGUUUUUUUUUUUUCUUUUUUUUUUUAUCUAUUGCAUGAUUUAUUAUUUCAUAAUCAAGCCAGAUUAUCUCACAUUGAAAAUUAAGCCUUAACUAUAAGGUGUCAAAUAUAAAAUACUGUAAAACACCAAACAUGACAGCCCAGUUGUCAGCAUUUAUCUCAAGAAGUAUUUUAUAAAUAAAUAAGACAAUGUGGAGUUAUUUUCAGAGCUACCUGUCGAAAAAUAAGGCACACAGUAUUUCACAUUUGACUCCUAAUACUUAAUUGAUUUUGUAUAUGAUGGUUUGUCAAUGAUUGUUUCCUGCUGUUCUCCGUUUAGCAGUUUAAACUUAGUUGAAACGUUAAAAUAUUUUCUGGACCUGAAUGACUUGAGUAUUGUGGACAGAUGGGUUAAAGUAAAAAAAAAAAAAACACAAAAAAAAACAUCAAAGACAGAAAAGAGCACAAUGGAUAUGUUAAUCAUUUUAAUAUGCUUUAUAGAUCUUAAAGAACUUGUCAAUGUUGUUAUGGCUUUGUUUAAAUCUUGUGUUUGAAAACCAAAGCAAUAAUAUUAUAAAUUGCAGUGAAACUUCUGACUUGACAAAUCUCGUACCUUAUGUUAUGUUAACGUUAAAUGGUUUUACAGUUUUCUAAUUGUGUUUAUCUCAAUACAUUCUAUUCUACUUCUGACAAAUAUUAGGAUGGCAGUUGGAGUGGUUUACAAUACUGUAAUAAAUGUUUUGUGAUGUGUUAUAAGUCUGUUAUAAGAGGGAACUAAUGAAGGAUGAAUGUUUAUCUGAAGCAAGUCCAAAAUGAAGUUCAGAGUGGACUUGCCUAUGUUUAAAAGCAUAUAAGCUCAUUAGUAUUGGCAGAGGUCUUCCCCACAAAUAAAGCAGUUUGAUCUGGUUUGA